CGACGAGAGGGAAUGGGGUAUACGGCUUACAGUUACAUACAAAAAGCUAAAUUAAUUCCUAGGGGCGACCCUGAGGUGGGGUUCAAACGCUGUUUGAUAACGCAACGUCAUCCCUCGACAACGGUUGGCAAUGCGUAGCUGAUAACGUUGCGGCAUCAAACUUACAGCGUUCGAACUCUAGAGUGUCUUAGUUCAACAGUGAUUUUUCACUUUAUUACAUACAACAUUUCUGGCAUUUAAUUUUUUAUUUAAGGUACCUUGUGGAGUGUGCGCAGAACCAGUUGUUAACACAGAUCAUAAACGUUGUUGGUUGUUAAAAUGGCGAACGGAACGUUGGACCUGUUUUGUGGCUCUGAAUUUUGGAACAACUCAUUAACAUGGUACACGGAUAAUCCCGAGUUUACAAAGUGUUUUGAAAGGACAGUGCUAAUAUGGAUACCGUGUGUUUUUUUGUGGACAUUUGCAUUGUUAGAAGUGUAUUACAUAACAAACAGCAAAAAACGAAAUAUACCGUGGAAUUUUUUAAAUGUGUCUAAAUUAGUGGUUACAGCUGCUCUGUGUGUUUUAACUUUAACCGAUUUAGUGACAACUUACAAAAAAUUCUCGAAUUCGGAAGAACCUGUUCCAAAUGUGGAUAUUUACACUCCAGUUGUCAAAAUUUUAUCUUUUGGUCUAUCGGCAGCUUUACUGCUCUACAACAAAAAACAUGGCCUGCAAACUUCCGGUUUGCAGUUCCUGUUUUGGCUCUUACUGGCGCUGUGCGGCGCUUUCCAGUUCCGGACGGAAAUCUGGGGCGCCCAACAGGAAAUACCGGACGAAUACUAUGGCUACGUCAGUUACAUGAUCUACUAUCCAUUAGUACUUUUGAUGGUCUUACUAAACUGCUUUGCCGAUCAAAAACCCACUAAAACGGAGUAUCCGCCGUCAAACCGACCAUGUCCGGAAGAGGGCGCCAGUUUCGUUUCACGCAUGUUGUUCGCCUGGUUCGACAAGUUGGCCUGGUUGGGCUUCCGGCAACCUUUGGAGCCCAAGGACUUUUCCUCGUCCUCAAACCCGCGCGCACACUUUAAAUCCAACUCAGCCAGUGUGGAUAUUGUUAACAGCUCGAAAAAGAAGCAGGCAUCCAUUUUACCGGCAUUAGUUGUCUCCUUUGGACCCAUGUUUUUAUUCGGAGCUAUGUUCAAAUUGGUGCAAGACCUCUUGACUUUUGCCAGUCCACAGAUAUUAGGUCUUUUAAUCGUAUACGUAAAAGAAAACCAGGAAGAAUGGAAAGGUUACUUCUACGCAGCUUUACUUUUUGGAACGGCCACUAUUCAAACCCUGUUUCUUUCUCAAUACUUUAACCGUAUGUUCAUAGUUGGUAUGAGAAUUCGUACGGCUUUGGUGUCGACGAUUUACAAAAAAGCCAUGAAAAUAUCGAACGUUGCAAGAAAAGAAACCACCGUCGGUGAAAUUGUUAACUUGAUGGCUGUAGAUGCCCAAAAAUUCGUCGAGUUUACUGCAUAUAUAAACAUGAUCUGGUCUGCGCCGUUGCAAAUUUGCUUGUCCCUCUACUUUUUAUGGUACGAAUUGGGCCCCUCAGUUCUAGCUGGUUUAGCCGUAAUGAUAGUGCUGAUUCCGGUGAACGGCUUCAUCGCCAACAAAGUAAAAAUUCUGCAAAUCAAACAGAUGAAGAACAAGGACGAAAGAGUGAAGUUGAUGAACGAAAUUUUGAGCGGCAUCAAAGUUUUAAAAUUGUACGCUUGGGAGCCCAGCUUCGAAAAUCAGGUGAUAAAAAUCAGGAACAAGGAAAUCAAGGUGCUCAAGCAGAGUGCCUACCUAAACGCUGGUACUUCGUUUAUAUGGUCCUGUGCUCCAUUUUUGGUGUCGCUAGUGACUUUUGCUACGUACGUGCUGGUGGACGAGCGUAACGUGUUAGACGCGAAUAAGGCCUAUGUCUCUAUCUCUCUCUUCAAUAUUCUUAGGUUUCCAUUGAGCAUGUUGCCCAUGAUGAUCUCGAACUGGGUUCAAACUUACGUAUCGAUUAAAAGAAUUAACAAUUUCUUGAACGCUGAGGAACUGGACCCUCAUAAUGUGUUCCACGACAAGGAUGAAGUGGACCCCAUGGUAAUCGAAAACGGAACGUUCUCGUGGGGUGAAGACCCGAUCUUAAAGAACAUCAACAUACGCUUACCUAAAGGUAGUUUGACGGCCGUUGUUGGCUCAGUCGGGGCGGGAAAAAGUAGUUUGAUAUUGGCAUCAUUGGGAGAAAUGGAGAAGAAUUCUGGAAGAGUGAAUACGAUCGGUUCAAUUGCUUACGUAGCACAACAAGCUUGGAUACAGAACGCCACUUUGAAAGAUAACAUUCUAUUCGGCAAACCUUACGAUCAGAGAAUAUACAACAAAGUUGUUAAAGCUUGUGCUUUGAAACCCGACUUUGACAUGCUGCCGGCAGGCGAUCAAACUGAAAUCGGCGAAAAGGGUAUUAACUUAUCCGGUGGGCAGAAACAAAGAGUCAGCUUGGCUAGAGCAGUCUAUGCGGAUUCAGAUAUUUAUCUACUAGACGAUCCUCUAAGCGCUGUAGACAGUCACGUGGGAAAACACAUUUUCGAUCAAGUUAUCGGCCCCAAUGGCAUGUUGAGCGGCAAAACAAGAAUUCUGGUCACCCAUGGCAUCACAUACUUACCACAAACCGACAGGAUUUUGGUGAUCAAAAAAGGAGAAAUAUCCGAAAGUGGUACUUACAAGGAGCUUCUCAGCACCAAGGGAUCAUUCUCUGAAUUCCUCAUGCAGCACAUCACCCAAGACAACUCAACAGAUCUCGACGAGCUCGAAGAAGUUCCCGAAGAACUGAAACGCGAGUUCCUGCGUCACAGGUCGCGCGUAUCCGAAUCCGUAUCCGAGACCGGAUCGGAAAAAGCGAACGGCUCUUUGCAACGACAAAAGUCCACUGACAGCGGCGGCGAAAAGGGCCGACAACGCUCGCAAUCGACCGACGAUUCAAAGAGCCAAUCGGCCAAUGACGGCGAGAAGCUGAUCGAAGCCGAAAAAGCCGAAACUGGCAGCGUGUCCUGGGAAGUUUACAAAUACUAUUUAAAAUCGAUCGGGUUCUUUUUGACUUUCGCUACCAUUGUGCUGAACAUGGUGUUCCAAGGUUUCAGCAUAGGGUCCAACAUUUGGUUGGGAGUGUGGGCCGACGAUAAUGAGUUAAUGGUGAACGGUACGCAAAAUACUGCGAAAAGAGAUAUGUAUUUAGGUGUAUAUGGUGCUCUAGGAAUUGGACAAGCGAUAUCGAUUUGUUCUUCGGAGCUAAAUUUAACGCUAGCCUCGCUGAACGCCGCUUCAGACAUGCACAAGUUAAUGUUGGGUAACAUUUUGCGCCAGCCGCAGCAAACGUUCGAAAUGUUUCCGAUCGGACGCAUACUGAGCCGAUUUUCGAAAGAUCUGCUCGACAUCGACACGGAUCUGCCCUUCAAUUGCUACGAGGUUAUCGAGGCCUCUUUCAUCAUAAAAUCUUUCUUUCUAGCCUUGGCUAUAGUAUGUAUGAACAUGAUGUUCGCAAAAGCAACUAUAGACGCCGCAUGUAGCAUCCACAAUUUUCUUGUUACCAACGUAUUACGCCUGCCCCUUUCCUUUUUUGACACCACCCCGAGCGGCAGGGUGUUGGCCAGGUUCUCCAAUGACGUCAAUGGCGUCGACCUUAGGCUGCCGGGAGCUUUUAACGUGGUUUUCUCCAAUAUCAUCAAGGUCUUUAUUUUCUCGUUAAAAAGUAACGCUACCCAGUUAACACUCGUGAAUCCACUAUUGAUUCACAUUCAGAUCAUAGCUGUUGACUUGCACACUUUACAUAAAUUCACAUCAGCGUCAUUAAAUGUAUAUAAUAUAUGUAUUGCCUCAGCGCUAGCCAAUGUGCUGCCCGACUACGGCACAAAAGUGUUGGCCGCCCGCAAGCUGCACCAUAUGAUUUUGAUCAACAUCAUAAAACAACCCAUGGCGUUUUUCGACACCACCCCUCUCGGUAGACUCUUAUCCAGGUUCUCGAAAGACGUCGAUGUGGUCGACAACAAUCUACCCGCGUACAUAUCGGAUGGAUGUUUAUGUUUAUUUCAGGUAAUAGGUACUCUGGUUGUCAUAAGUUACACAACUCCACUCUUCAUAUUGGUCAUUAUUCCAAUUGGUCUUCUCUACUACUUCAUCCAGCGUUUCUAUGUCGCCACAUCACGUCAACUUAAGCGUCUAGAAUCCGUGUCCAGAUCCCCUAUCUACUCCCACUUUGGAGAGUCUAUAACAGGAGCACAGGCUAUAAGAGCGUUUGGACAGGAAGAUCGUUUCAUUACGGAGUCGGAAAGAAAAGUCGACAACAAUCAAAUUACUCAAACACUAAACUGGCUAGUAAGAAUGACAUCAGAUGUCGAAACCAACAUAGUGGCAGUGGAAAGAAUAAAGGAAUACGGCGAAGCACCCCAAGAAGCCGCGUGGGAAAUCCCGGACAAAAACCCGUCGACGCAGUGGCCCGAAGCGGGCACUGUCGAGUUUAGAAACUACGGAGUCAGAUACAGGCCCGGAUUGGAAUUAGUUUUAAAAGGCGUUAGUUUCACUGUUAAAGGUGGUGAAAAAAUCGGUAUUGUUGGAAGGACUGGUGCCGGAAAGUCCAGCUUAACUCUUGCGUUAUUUAGAAUUAUUGAAGCUGCUCAGGGAGACAUUUACAUAGACGGCGUUAAAAUAUCAGAUUUAGGAUUACAUACAUUGCGUUCCCGUUUGACAAUCAUCCCACAGGACGCCAUUUUGUUUUCGGGAACUUUAAGAAUGAACCUUGACCCCUUCGAUAAACAUUCCGAUGAGGACGUUUGGAGGGCGCUGGACAAUGCGCACUUAAAGUCAUUUGUUCAAGGUUUACCAAGUACUCUCCAACACCAAGUAUCAGAGGCCGGUGAGAAUCUUUCAGUGGGUCAAAGGCAGCUAGUUUGUUUGGCCAGAGCCCUCUUGAGAAAAACGAAAGUGCUGAUUUUAGACGAAGCCACGGCCGCAGUUGAUUUGGAAACGGACGACUUGAUCCAAAGAACCAUCAGAGAGGAAUUCAAAAACAGUACAGUUUUAACAAUUGCGCAUCGUCUUAACACCAUCAUGGACUCCGAUAGAGUUCUGGUAUUAGAUAAAGGUUUAAUAGAAGAAUUCGAUUCGCCUGACAACCUUUUGUUGAAUAACAAGUCCAUAUUUUAUGGCAUGUGCAAAGAUGCAGGGUUAGUUUAAUUAUAACAAUCAAUUUAUUGUUACUUUAUAAUAUUAAUGCAAAUGUGCCGAAUUGUCGUAAUUGAAAGUGAUAAACCCUUUAGAGAUUACUAUUUUUCGCUUGUUUUUAAACACAUCACGUAAAUUUACUAUUAGCUAUUAUACUUAUAGUUAUACUACUUAAAAAGGUACUUACAUUAUUUUUGUACUUAGGCCAAUUGUCCGUUAUUGCCAGUUUUAAUAUUAAUUUUUUUUAAUUAUUUUUUACACAUUGUUUUUUAUGUAUCAGUAUUUUUACCUUGCCCAUUUUAAUGUAUGUAAAUAUUACCUACUUAAUUUUUUUUAAAUACAUGAAAUGUAAAAUAAUUUUAAUCUUUAAAUCUAAUUAAUGUUUUUAUAUAUAGAAAUUGAAUAUACUAUUUUUGUUUA